AUGUCUGAUGACCUUUUCAAGAUGAAUCUUCAACUCUUCAACACCAAUUACAACCUCAUUGAAGACCCAACAAUCAAAGACAGUGCAGGCAAGGCUGUUCCUCAAAAGCUGACUACAAAUUCAGAAUUUGUAACAAACCCACCUGAAAGAAUCAGAUCCAAGAAAGCUGCAGUUCUGUUCUGCCUCUUUGAAGAUAAAAGAGGAGAUAUCAGAGUCAUUCUUACCAAAAGGUCUUUAACACUGUCCACUAAUUUAGGGGAUGUGUCCUUGCCAGGUGGGAAGACAGAUGAAGGGGAUGCCAAUGAUGUUAAGACAGCACUGAAGGAAGCCAAUGAGGAGAUUGGCCUGGACCCUUCACUUGUCAUUGUUGUCACUAUUUUACAACCCUUGGUAACAAAGGUGGGCCCCUCCAUUGAUGCUUAA